AUGGAGCAGGCUGGUAUUAGAACGCCACAUUUUCUAGUCAGUCUUAGUUUCACUGUCUAUUUUACAGCAGGCCGUAACUACAAGCCCUCCAACCACGGCAAGAAUAGUCUUCUCGCCCAGAACCACGGGAAGCUUAAUUUGGAAAUUUGUCCUGUUGAAAAUGAGGGAAACUUCAGAGCUCUUCUAAGAUUCAGAGCCAAUUUUGGAGAUGAGGCUCUGAAAAAACAUUUAGAAAUAGGAUCGAAAAAUGCACUUUACCUCUCACCAAAAACAGAAAAUGAAAUUAUUUUGACUAUUAACGAUAUAAUGUUGAAGAAAUUGGUUGAGAUGGUCAAUUCCGCGAAAUGUUUUACUGUUCUUGCAGAUGAAACGACAGACAUCUCAACACAAGAACAAGCAUCAAUCGGCGUUAGAUACCUAUACAACAAUGAUAUUAAAGAAGAUUUCCUUCAGUUUGUACCUGUUUCUGAUUUAACUGGUAAAACUGUUUCUGAUUUAACUGGUAAAAACCUUGCGACAGUCAUUUUGAAAUCAUUACGCGAGUUUGGAAUUGAUACAAAGUAUUUGAGGGGGCAAGGAUAUGAUGGGGCCUCUGCAAUGAGUGGAAAAUUCAACGGAGCACAGGCAUAUCAUGAACAUAUCGAUCUUUUAAAUGCUAUGAACAUGGUGACUAAUCUAAAAAGGACGAUAGAAAAAAUCAGAACCAAUGCUGAAGAAGAAUUUGCAACCAUAUUUAAUGCAUCAGAGACUAUGGCUGAAUUACUCAGUACCUCAAUAAAAGCCCCAAGAAGAACUGGACGACAAACUCUUAGGUGCAACCUUGAAACCGACAAUCCUCAAUCAUACUUUAAGAUAUCCCUAUUUUUGCCAUUUUUAGAUCACUUUUUAAGUGAAUUAAAUAGUCGCUUUCUGAAACAUCAAGACGUACUGAAAAGUUUUGAGUGUCUUUUACCGACCUCUACCAGUAAUGCUGAAGUCACUAGAACACAGGAAGAAAGUUUUAAAAAGCUCCUGAAUUUCUAUCAUGAAGAUAUUCAAAUUGGUGACAUCGCUGCCAUUGGGGAACUCCAUAUGUGGUACGAGAGAGUGAAAGAUUUUAAAAUUAGCUCAAGGAAGGCAAUCAAUUUUUACACUGCCUGCCAUCAGGAUGUUUUCCCCACUAUCAACGCCCUCCUGAAAAUUCUUACCACUCUUCCUGUAUCGACAUCAACCAGUGAAAGGUCCUUCUCAUAUCUUAGAAGAUUGAAAACAUACUUAAGGAACACAACUGGCCAGCAAAGGUUGAACGGGCUUGCUAUGCUCAAUACUCACAGAGAGCUAGAUAUCAAUGCUGCUGAAGUGUUGGACGAGCUGGCAAAAACACCUCGCCGUCUUGAAUUUAGACUUUCUUGA